AUGUCCCGGAGCCACCAGCAGCCUGCCUACACCGGCAUGGACUUGCCCAACCCGCUUCCACGGCCCAGCUCCGGUGAAGGCAACCCGGGCUACAUGAUCGAGCAACAGAACAUUCCAGGAUCUGUUGGGUCAUAUGCGAUGCAGAAACAGCAGGCUGGAUACCAGAGUCUACAAAACGAUCCAGGUUGGAUUGAACGUGUCCUGGCGGAAAUGAAGGAUAUGCUGGUUCUACUAAACGCCCAGGGGCGCAUCACCUACGCAUCACCAUCUUCGAAGCAAAUCACCGGUCGCGCGGCAAAGCAACUCGAAGGCAGCCACCUGAGCCAAUACAUCCAAGAAGACGACAGGCCUAUUUUCUUGCGAGACAUGGACGACGCUGUCGCAAAUAACCGGGCAUUCCGCACCCAUGUACGAUUCCAAAAGUCGAGCAAUACCUACUGCCUGGUAGAGAUAUACGGACAUCCGCACAUCGCCAGCCAGAACGCAUCUCAGGGGAGAUACGCCUCUACUGAGGAGCGAUGCACGGGCUUCUUCCUUAUGUGUCGGCCUUAUCCCACGAAGAACUCUCAGCUUCUCGACUCCUUCCUGGAACACAAGAUCGAGAAUGCACGUCUAGUGCAGCAAAUUGCCAAACUCAAGCAGGAAGAAGAGGAAGAGGCGAACUCGAGCCGCUUGCCUUAUCCCAAGAUUGAAGAACAGAAGUCGCUGAUCGACAAUUCGGCCACCGCACAAAUCAUUCUGAGUGAUCAGGAAUCGAGCGAGACCGUCGCUCCGAACUCGAACUCGGAAGAUUCUGAUAAUAACUCGGGCGACUUCUUCGAUAAUCCUCCCCCAAAUGAAGGAAUAUCGCACAUCGACGGCAUCGAAGUUAUGACCGGUCUCUACUAUGGUGAUGGCGAACGAUCGCAGGGUCUGAGUACCGGCGUGCGCAAGGGCCGGCUGGUUCACUGCGACAUUGACAUCACCACGGCUGCAGACCAAGCCCGCAAUGCCCAAGAAGGCGACAGACGCAAGAGACUCAAGGGACAGCACUCUUGCAGUGACUGCGGAACAGCCGACUCGCCCGAGUGGCGGAAGGGUCCCAACGGGCCCAAGACGCUGUGCAAUGCCUGUGGCUUGCGCUGGUCCAAAAAGGAGAAAAAGCGACAGGAAUCUACCUAG